UGGCAUCAGCGCAAUCAAUCCAGUGCCAGCCAUCGUCGGGAACGGUUCUAUAGUACUGCGCGUGGCUUCCCGGUUUCCAUUUCGUUUUUCCUUUAUUAAGUUUAGUUGUAUAGUAGGCAUCGGCUUUUAAGGCAUAUAUCUAAUCAAUCAGCAUACCAGGCUGAUUUAGUGCUGCUAUUGUUUCAUAAUGAAGCUAUUUGUUGUGCUUAGUGUGCUUCUGGUCGGGGCCCUCGCCCAAGAUGGACCCAAAGUCACUGAUAAGGUCUUCUUUGAUAUCACCAUCGGUGGAAAGCCGGAAGGUCGCAUUGUGAUUGGUCUGUUCGGUGGAACCGUUCCGAAGACUGCCAAGAACUUCAAAACUCUCGCCGAGAAUGCGGAGGGCGAAGGCUACAAGGGCAGCAAGUUCCACCGCGUCAUCCAGGACUUCAUGAUCCAGGGCGGUGACUUCACCCGUGGCGAUGGAACCGGUGGCCGCUCGAUCUACGGUGAGCGCUUCGCCGACGAGAACUUCAAGCUGAAGCACUACGGCGCUGGAUGGCUGUCGAUGGCCAACGCCGGCAAGGACACCAACGGAUCGCAGUUCUUCAUCACCGUUAAGCAGACCAGCUGGCUGGACGGACGCCACGUUGUGUUCGGCAAGAUCCUGGAGGGAAUGGACGUCGUUCGCAAGAUCGAGAAGACCAAAACCGACGGACGUGACCGCCCGGUUAACGAUGUGGUGAUCGCCGACAGUGGUUCCCUGCCGGUGGACGCUCCGUUCUCCGUGGAGAAGGCUGAUGCCUAGAUUAAUAAGAAAGGUGGAGUACAGGGGAAAGAUUGGUUAUCUUAUAGAAGAAUUUGCGAACAAAAAGUCCCCCAGGAGUGCAUUUAUUGUGAUUUAACACAAAUGAUGAUGAUGGAGAAGUUGAUAAAGGUGAAGAAUAAAUUGAUGAACAGUGAUUUUUAAUACAA